AUGAGCCUGGUGGCCUGCGAGUGCCCGCCGGGCCCCGGCCUGGAGUCGGAGCCCUGCUCACGGGCACGGUCCCAGGCCCGUGUGUACCUGGAGCAGAUCCGCAACCGCGUGGCCGCGGGACCGCGCGACUACCUGGUGGACGCGGCCACUCAGAUCCGGCUGGCCCUGGAGCGUGACGUCAGCGAGGACUACGAGGCAGCCUUCAACCACUACCAGAACGGCGUGGACGUGCUGCUCCGCGGCGUGCACGUUGACCCCAACAAGGAGCGAUGCGAGGCUGUAAAGCUGAAAAUCACCAAGUACCUGCGGCGCGCAGAGGAGAUCUUCAACUGCCACCUGCAGCGCACGCUGGGCGGCACGGCCAGCCCUGGCACGGGUUUCAGCAGCCUGAGGCUCAGGCCCAUCCGCACACUGAGCUCUGCCCUGGAGCAGCUGAGGGGCUGCAGGGUGGUCGGGGUCCUGGAGAAGGUGCAGCUGGUCCAGGACCCAGCCACCGGAGGGACCUUCGUGGUGAAGAGCCUGCCCAGGUGCCACACGGUGAGCCAGGAGCGGCUGACGGUCAUCCCGCAUGGGGUCCCUUACAUGACGAAGCUGCUGCGGUACUUCGUGAGCGAGGACUCCAUCUUCCUGCACCUGGAGCACGUGCAAGGAGGCACCCUCUGGUCCCACCUGCUCUCCCAGGCGCGCCCCCAGCAUCCUGGGCUCAGGCCCGGCUCCACCCAGGAGAGGACGAAGGCUCAGCUCCGCGCCUGCCUCAGCCUCCGGACCCCAGCACGGCUCCCCAGCGGCCACAGCCCCGGGCAGGACACACUCCCCCUGGAGCCUCCGCGGACUUCUCAGAGCCUGCCCCCCGCCAGGGGGCCCCCGGCACCCCGGCCCCACAAAGCCGCUGACGGGGAGCCCACAGCCAGGACCGCCUGCUCCUCCGACCUGCCGCGGACCCCGGCUGGCCUCCUGCACCUUCAUGCCAGGCGGGCUGGCCAGAGCUCGACCCCCGGGCUCCCUCGAGGGCUCUCUUGGGUUCACCAAGGGGCAGGCCGGGUGCUGGGGGCCUGUGGCCGGGGCAGAGGUCAGAGCCGCCCGCCGGCCGAUGAGGCUGACCUGUGGCGUGGCAGGGCCUGGAGUGUGAGCGAGGAGCAGGUGCGGCGGUGGGCGGCCGAGACGCUGCUGGCCCUGGAGGCGCUUCACGAGCAGGGCGUGCUGUGCCGGGACCUCAACCCCCGGAACCUGCUCCUGGACCAGGCAGGUCACAUCCGGCUCACGUACUUCGGCCAGUGGUCGGAAGUGGAGCCCCUGUGCAGCAGCGAGGCCGCGGACCGCCUGUACAGCGCCCCAGAGGUGGGGGGCAUUUCUGAGCUGACCGAAGCGUGCGACUGGUGGAGCUUCGGGUCUCUCCUGUACGAGCUGCUGACCGGCAUGGCACUGUCGCAGAGCCACCCCUCAGGAAUCCAGGCCCACACCCAGCUGCAGCUGCCAGACGGGCUCAGCCGCCCCGCAGCCUCCCUGCUGACGGAGCUGCUGCAGUUCGAUCCCACCAGGCGCCUGGGUGCUGGAGGAGGCGGCGUCAGCAAACUCAAGUCACAUCCUUUCUUCAGUGCUAUCCAGUGGAGCACGCUGGUGGGGUAA